UGAAUAAGACGAGCAUUCAUUAAGUCCAUGCAGAGGCACGCCGAGAUUUCUCACUCAGGUCUCUCCGGCGCCUUAACAUGAAUUUUGCGUUCAAUGAGCGCAACGUAAAGAUAAGCGAUAGGAUUUGGUAAUAUCCCCGGAGGAGCCCCCAAGUCGUUAACAAACAGUCCCCACGCCUCCUCCUGUUGAUUUGCUCCCUCUGUUAAGCUGACACGGUCUUGCUUCAACAACAAACGGGUGUGUUAGCACUUCAGGCGCGGGACAGCAUGACUGGCGGACUCAAGGACGGCGAAACUGACGAGGAAUUUCUGCACUCGCCGUUCAUCAGAAAACAAGGGAACAUUUAUAAACCUAAUAACAAAGACAUGGAUAAUGACAGUAUGAGCGGGAUGAAGACGAUGCAGGAUGUCCAUACGAAAGAGAUCGACCUGGUGAACCGGGACCCCAAGCACAUAAACGACGACGUUGUAAAGGUGGACUUUGAGGAUGUGAUCGCAGAGCCUGAGGGCACAUACAGCUUCGACGGCGUGUGGAAGGCUAGCUUCACCACCUUCACAGUGACCAAGUACUGGUGCUACCGUCUCCUCACUGCCCUGGUGGGCAUCCCGCUGGCGCUGGUCUGGGGCAUCUUCUUCGCCAUCCUGUCCUUCAUCCACAUCUGGGCAGUGGUGCCGUGUGUCAAGAGCUAUCUGAUCGAGAUCCACUGUGUCAGCCGCGUCUACUCCAUCUGCGUCCACACAUUCUGCGACCCGCUGUUCGAAGCCAUGGGCAAGUGUUUCAGCAGCAUCCGCAUCAGCACCACCAAGGGGGUAUAGAAAAGACGAGGAAGUGAGGAAGAAGUGGAAGAGGAAGGGAUGAAGGGAAUAAGGAGGGGAGGUGUGGAAACCAUAACUAAACACAGAUUGAAAGGGGGGAGAAGUCACCAGAAGAAAAAGAGAAGAGAGGGAACAACUUCUGAUAAAGGAAGAGGUGAGACAUUUCCAGUGCUGUGGUAGGGAUGUUGGAGGUAAGGGGACCGAGUAAUAGAGAGCAUCUGGCCCCGCUUCUCUUUCUUCCUCCACAACAAUGGUUUAACCAACAGGGGUACAGGAUUACAUCGAGGGUCAUUCCUUGGGCUCUUUGUUUUUCUGUUUGUUUUUCUUUAGUUUUUUAUUCUGUAUUUGUUAGCGUUGUUUAUCACUGCAGGAGCAUCACGCUAGCCCCCCCCCAUCCAUUCCUUCCAUUGUUCCAAAAUGCUGUGUGACCCUCUCUGAUUAUAGCUUGUUUAAUAGGGGGUAUUGAUUGAAUGACUAGUAAGUUGAUUGAUAGGCUCAUAUAAUGGAUGUUGGUGUCCACUCUGAUUAUAGCUUGUUUAAUAGGGGGUAUUGAUUGAAUGACUAGUUCAUUAAUUGAUUGAUUGAUAGGCUCAUAUAAUGGAUAUUGGUGUCCACUCUGCUGGGUUUGUGUGUUUGGGGCCUGUUUUUGGGAGGGGGAUGGUUUGGGUGGGGUGGAGGGAUAUCCCUGUGCCUGUCCCGCUGCGCUGUUUUGAGAGACAAAUCCCACCUGACACAGCACAAAAUCCUAUACCCAAAACCUUAUCAACGCCCCUCCCUCUCAGCCUCCCUACCCCCACUGACCCCCUCUCACCCCCCCCCCCCCAUGCCUGCCCUGCCUCCCAGUCUGAAACACUGAACCUGCCCUUGUUUCUGCAUGCACCGCCACCCCGCCACAAAGCCACCGAGCCAACUAACACACUGCUGUCAGUCUAUAUGCCCAGACAGACACACAGCUAUAGGACAACCUCACUCACAGAGCCUGCCCUGCCCUCAGCCCAGUGCCACAUCAUGACAUCAUAAUCAACAUUCAGCUCCAGUUCUACUACAAGCCAGAGAGAUUAAAUUCCAUGACAACAACCAGGUCUUAAAUACAGUUUUCAUAUCGUUUCUAUGUGACCGAGAAUGUUUUUUAAGUUUGAAUUUGAAUCUCGGGAGAAAUAUCACUUGAUCUUUGUUUUAAUACAUUCACAUCUUAGGAUCUUUUUUUUAUACCAUUGAGGUCUCUUCUCUUCUAAAAUGGACAGCAGGAUGGAACCUCGAAUGUUGAUACACAUUGAGGUAGCUGUAGCUAAAUAACCAUAGCUUUUAAUUCCUACACUUUCUGAAGAUGAAGAACUUUUGUUUUGAGCUUUGUUUCAAUUCUGUUGUUUUAUGCUAGCCUUGCUCAAUGUAUGCACAAGUUGAGUAGCAUUGUCAUAUAUAAUCAAUUUAGUUUUUCCCCCAAAUGAGUUUGGAUGAGUUAAGUCCCUGGUUGACUAGUUUGGUCUGGUGUAGCGUUCUGCUUGUUGGCUGUGGACAUACACCACCAAACAAGGACAAUCAGCUAACCGGUCUCCCUCCCCUGAGACCACUGCUGUUUGACAACGAAUGGGAGCAUGUUUUUGUUCUAUACUGACAUGAAUCUCACUUUGUCUGCGUCCCAAAUGGCACCCCAUUUCCUAUAUAGUGCACUACUUUUAACCGAAGCUCAGUAUGGGAACUGUUUUAAAGGUAGUGCACUAAGGAAUAUGGUGCAAUUUUGGGAUGUCUCCUUUGACUUUUUCCGCUUUUGUCUACCUGCUGUCUGUGAAGAUGGUAAAUAUUAGCACGUUGCUUGAUUUCAUUUGUUUUUUGACUUGAUGAAAAGGUCAUAUGUAUUUUUAUAUUAAAAUUGAAUUUUUCCUUCCCUUGCUUUUACUGUACAAUCUCACAUCACGCUGUGCACAUUAAACAUUUGUAUAAUCCAA